UGUAUUGGCCCUUGCGUAGUUACGACACACAAAUAUGGCAUUAAAAACAAGUUUAAAUUAUUAUUAAAGUUAUUUCUCUGAUCAAAAAUAUACGAAAAAUGGAGAAAAUAAUCUGCCUUUUGUUUUGUACUGUUGUAACUUUGUGCUCUUGUGAGGCUUAUAAGAUUUUGGCUGUUCUUCCGAUUCCAAGUCCUAGCCACGGCAUCCUUGGAGACAAUCUGGUUAGACAUCUUCUGGACGCUGGACAUGAAGUAACUUAUGUAACGCCAUUCACGAGCAAACAGAAGAACCACACAAACUUACAUAUAGUGGACGUGGAUGCUAACCAUGUAAUAUAUGAGGAUGGAGAAGACCAGCUAGAUUUCCAGCAGAUUCUGGACCAUAGGUCAACCGUAGUUGACUCACCAUUUUUGUUUUGGGUACUAUCUAACGUUGCCGACAUGACAUUAAGCAAUCCGAAUGUCCAAAAAUUGUUAAGGGAUCCACAACAGAAGUUUGACGUCAUUCUAGUCGAAUACAUAUUCACCGAUGUAUUUUCAGCGUUAUCAGCGAUUUACCAAUGCCCUUUCAUCUGGUUUUCAACUAUUGGACCUCAUUGGAUGGUAUUGAACCUAGUCCAUGGUCCUUUGAAUCCAGCUUAUAAUACUGACUUCCUUCAAGCUCGAGUUCCUCCCUUCCCGUUCUUGGGAAGAGUCGAAGAGCUGUGGACGCAGGUGAAAGGCUUGUACCGUCAUAAAUUUGACUUUUAUUACGAGGAAGAACGUAUAUAUCAAAAUCGGAUAGUCCCUAUUCUGCAGGAGCUGGGUAAACCAGUGCUAAAUUUAAAUACCAUGAAAUAUAAUGCAUCAUUACUGUUUGGAAAUUCGCAAGUAGCACUUGGUGAUGCAGUGCCAUUGCCACCAAAUUAUAAGCAUAUAGGUGGCUUCCAUGUUGAUGAAGUAGCGAAGGCUUUACCGGAGAAUUUGCAAAAGAUUAUGGAUGAAGCAGAGUACGGUGUCAUAUACUUCAGCAUGGGCUCCAAUUUGAAGAGUAAGACUAUGCCGAAUGAACUGAAGAAAGGUCUGUUGAAGGUGUUCGGAGGACUGAAGCAGACUGUCUUGUGGAAGUUUGAGGAGAAUCUAUCGGAUCGGCCCAAAAAUGUUCAUAUCUUGCAAUGGGCACCACAACAGAGCAUAUUGGCUCAUCCCAAUGCGGUACUUUUCGUCACUCAUGGUGGUCUCCUAUCACUCACCGAAGCAGUCUACUUCGGCGUUCCAGUUAUUGUUAUUCCAGUCUUCUCAGACCAGUUCCUCAAUGCAAACCAAGCUCAACAUAAAGGAAUUGGGGAACAAAUUAAGCUUUCCUACAACUUAGAUAAGGACCUGAAGGUCACUCUGAAUAAAGUUCUUGGUGAUCUUUCCAAAUAUACUGCCAGAGCAAAAAAAGUAUCUGCAGCAUAUCGCGACAAUCCAGUAAAACCUGGAAAGGAGUUUAACUUCUGGGUGGAGCACGUGGUGCGGACGCGCGGCGCUCCACAUCUGCGGUCAGUGGCGCUACAAGUACCGCUGUACCAGCAAGCAUACCUAGAUCUUUUUGCUGUAUUACUGGCAGCAGCUGUUGUUAUAGUACUAGUAGUUAAGAAGAUUGUAUGCUUCCUUACGUCGAAGAGUAAGAAGCUGAAGAGGAAUAUUGUGAUACGACAAAGAAUAUUUCAAAAAGAUUUAAAAUUAAUAGAAACUUUUUCAAAAAUGGAGAAACUUAGAUAUCUUUUGUUUUUUGUGGUUCUAAGUUUGUGUACAUGUGACGCUUACAAGAUCUUGGUCGUGUUUUCGAACCCGAAUCCCAGUCAUGGCAUACUCGGAGACAAUAUGGUUAAACAUCUUCUUAGUGCUGGGCACGAAGUAACAUACAUAACACCGUACAUAGAAACACUGAAGAAUAAGACAAAAGCACAUUUAGUGGACGUUGGUAACACCCAUAAAAUAUUAGAAGUGGCAAAAGACAUAAUGGACUUGAAGCAGAUUCUAGAAGGGACAGUGGAAUCGCCGGACUUUAAACUCAUGUUCGAACUUGUAUCCACAAUCGGUGAUAUGACACUUAGCAACGCGAAUGUUCAAAAACUUUUGAGAGACCCAAAACAGAAGUUUGACGUCAUUAUUGCUGAAUUCAUGUUCAAUGAAUUGUUUUCCACGUUCUCAGCAGUUUACCAGUGUCCUUACAUCUGGUUCUCCACUAUAGAACCAAAUUGGAUAGCUCUGCACUUGGUGAGCGAUCCUAUGAACCCUGCCUAUAACAGUGACUAUCUUCAUGGUCGAAUUCCUCCUUUCUCUUUUAAGGAAAGAGUUGAAGAGCUGUGGACGCAAAUUAAAGGAUUAUAUCAUUAUAAUUUUGACUUCUACAAUGCAGAAGAAGCUAUAUACCAAAAGCAUGUAGUCCCUGUCCUAAAGGAGCAAGGAAAACCAGUUCCUGACUAUAAUAUGCUAAAAUAUAAUGCUUCGCUAAUGUUGGGCAAUACAAAUGUGGCGAUUGGUAACGCCAUGCCACUGCCACCAAGCUACAAGCACAUUGGAGGUUACCAUAUUGAUGAAGAGGUCAAGCCAUUACCGGAGGAUUUGAAGAAAAUUAUGGAUAAUGCCAAUAAUGGGGUGAUAUACUUCAGCAUGGGUUCCAAUUUAAAGAGCAAGGAGUUACCAGAUGAACUGAAGAAUGGUUUAUUGGAGGUGUUAGGAGGACUGCAGCAGACAGUUCUGUGGAAGUUUGAGGAGAAUCUACCGAACAAGCCUAAAAAUGUCCAUAUCGUACAAUGGGCACCGCAGCAGAGCAUAUUGGCCCAUCACAAUUUAAAAUUGUUCGUCACUCAUGGUGGUCUCUUGUCACUCACUGAGGCGGUUCACUUCGGAGUUCCACUUAUUGUCAUUCCAGUUUUCGCAGACCAGUUCCUCAAUGCAAACCAAGCUAGAAAUAAGGGAUUUGCAGAAAGAGUUGACCUUUCUUACAACUUAGAUAAAAACCUGAAGGUUGCUUUGGACAAAGUUCUUGGUGAUUUUUCCAAAUACUCGGCUAGAGCAAAGGAGGUUUCUGCAGCAUACCAUGACAAUCCGAUGAAGCCGGGAGUAGCGUUGAACUUCUGGGUGGAGCACGUGGUGCGAACGCGCGGCGCCCCGCACCUGCGCUCAGUGGCGCUACAAGUGCCGCUGUACCAGCAAGCGUACCUAGAUCUGUUAGCUGUAAUACUGGCAGCUACUGUAGUUAUAUUACUAGUAGUUAGGAAAAUUAUAAGUUUAUUAACUGUGAAGAACACAAAAUUAAAGAAGAAUUAAAUGGAUUAGCACAAAAAAUUAUAACCCUAACAUGACGCUUUGCUAUUAGAUUACAGAAA